UGAACAGUUUAACUGUGUACUACUGUAUGUCUCGUACACUAUAUGUCACUGAUGAACAUCCCGUUUUGUUGCAAAUGGGAUUUAUAUUCAAAAUGAGAUUACCUAUAAGAAUACAUCGUUAUUACACUGUAGUAUCAGGUAACAGAUAUGACACAAAAGUUCGUGGAUGCAGUAAGUGGACUCUGUUCCAAGCAGCCAAAUGUGGAGACAUCCGACAAUUAGAGAAUUGAACUGCAUAUAGCUGUUGCUAACAGGCAAUACAAAUUCGUGCAGUUUCUUUUAGAUGAGCGCCUCCAUUACAUCAAAAACGGAGCUGAUUUGGACAUCCAAGGGUUAAAUGCUUUGCGCAUUUGCGUCAGAAACAGGGACGCUGAAAUAUAUCGUUUGCUUCAGAAUACACAGGUUUUGAUACCGGAAUUACAACUAACGAUGAAAAAACUGUCCUUGAUUUAGCAAAAGAGAAACAUCAUAAUCACCUCUUGGACCUCAUCGGUAUGACGCAAAAUAUUGAGGUUAAAGGCAACUCUUGGUUGACCUGGACUGAACUACAUCAUUGUGCAGUCAGUGGAUCGGUGGCGGAAUGCUCAAGGCUGAUUGAAGAUUUUCCUGAAGAUGUCAAUGUUGAAGUUGACACCGAUUUCAAUCCUUACAACAACCUUCAGCUGCCCAAAUAUGGAAAGAUGUCACCGUUAGAACUGUCAAUGCACAGUGAAAACAUAUUCGUCAUGGAGAUAUUAGCAAACUAUUCGUCUUUCAGAACCAUCGAAAAAUGUUUGGCUGGUAUUCGAAACAUCUCAACAAAGAAUAUUCUCGUCAGAGGAGUUCUGACACAGCUUCGAGAGAAACACAAAGAUGUACAGUAUGGCAAACUGAUUGCAACUUGUGAAAAUGUCAUAGUUAUUUACACCACCGAUCAACUGGUCGAUGCAUGUUCGAAAAUAGCUGGCAUAAAAACGACAUACAAAAACACUAACGGGUUCGACCAGGACAAUGAAACAGCCAUCGACUUUGAAUUAGAUAUGAAAGUGCCCGGUCUGUCGAUAGAAGAAAACGCACAGAUGAAAGAUGUAGUUGAUGCGAACAGUGACACUCUUUGGAAAAAUCACGAAAACCUCAACGGAAUUCGUAUAUCGGCCGUUCGUACUACGGGUGGAAAAGCAUCCCGAGAUAACUGUAUUGUUCUGUGUUGCAAGUUCAAAGGAUUUUUAACAGAAAAGGAAGAAGAAUUCCCUCGUAGUUUGCGUUGUAAGGAUAUCUUCUUUCCAGUUGACGUUCGAGAGGAACAUAUUGUCUUGUUGACCAGUCAACCGUCAGACAAACUGGAACCUUUGGCAUGUGGAGGUCGUAUCAUCGGAAGUUGUGCAGACAACAAGGUUUGGGGGACAAUUGGACCUUUCGUUGAAUUGCCCUAUCAGGAAACAGGAUUUCUCACUUGUGCGCAUGUUCUUGAUAACAAUCCUGCUUUUGGUGUGCUGUCCGGACGCAAUCAUCUCGUAUAUCAACCGAAGAAAGACUCUAAUGCAGAUUAUCUGUGUGGUGAAGUAGUGAAAAUGGCCUUCAAACCAAGUGAAAAUCCGUCUAUUGAUGCUGCUGUCGUGAAAAUUACGUCUGCGUUGCGGAUUCCAGAAUCAAUCAACUUCGUUUCUUUUUGUGUGUCUGUUAGUACGAUAGGACACGAAGAAAAGAUUGAUUAUCCUCAGGGUAAAGUUCUUAUGAAGGGAUUAACAAGAAUACUGUGUCGUGUCGAACAUGAGAAAGGUGACUCUGGAGGGGGAGUGUUUGUGAAAAAUGCCGAAGACAAACUCGAGUGUGUUGGACUAUUCUUUGCUGGAAGAGGCCGAGACGGAUAUUUUAUUCCCAUCAAAGAUGUUUUGAUGCAUUGUGGGGGUUACAAACUCAAAGAAUAUCCUUAAACUUUCUUGAAAUAGCACUGCUUUGACAAAAUGGUUAAUCGUUGUAUAUAGUUCCUCCUUUAUCAUCGUUCUGCAAGUUUUGAAAGAUAAGAACGAUAUAGGAUAAUUGUAUCCUGGAUUGGUGUCAAUUUUUUAAUAUAUAUUGCUGUUUUCAUUAUUGUUGGAAAGUAAUAAAUGACAA